AUGUCCAACUUCUCACAAAACAGCACACUGACUCCCGGCAUUUCACAUUUCGCUUCCAAUCUUAACAGAUCCAAGAUGCUGCAGAUCUACAAGGAGCUCGACCUUGCGGUCCCCGCCGACGUUACCGUCAGCGUCUCGUCCCGUGUCUUCACCGUCAAGGGUCCCCGUGGUUCGCUCACCAAGUCGCUCAAGCACAUGAACCUUGAUGCCCGUAUCAUCAAGAGCCCUGCUGGCCAGAAGAUCAAGUUCAUUGUAUGGCACGCCGGCCGCAAGCACGCUGCUUGCCUGCGAACUGCGCAGGCCUGCGUUGCCAACAUGAUCAAGGGUGUCACCGUCGGCUUCCAGUACAAGAUGCGUGCUGUCUACGCCCAUUUCCCCAUCAACAUCAUCAUUGCCGGUGACCAGAAGUCGGCCGAGAUCCGCAACUUCUUGGGUGAGAAGCGCGUCCGCAACAUUGUCAUGCUCGACGGUGUGACGAUCCAGGAGGACAAGGCACAGAAGGACCAGGUGCUGGUCGAGGGUAACGACAUUGACCUCGUCUCGCAGUCGGCCGCUCUCCUCCACGGUGCCACCCUGGUGCGCAACAAGGAUAUCCGCAAGUUCCUCGACGGUAUCUACUGCACCGGCAAGGCCACCGUUGUCAAGGCCGAGGCUUAA